AUGAACCCCCGCCAAGCUCCACGUCGCCCUGAUUGGCCCACUAAUUCGAGCAUCGAAGGGCACAGGUGGCAUCCAAACAUCACCGCCUCAAGCUUCAAUUUGUACGCCAAUUCCACAAACAUGGGUGCGAAAACGCUGUCGUCCGUAGCCCUGCUCUUACCGCUCCUCACAGCCACCGCAAAUGCCGCCUCAGAGCCACCUCGGCCUCGGGGUGUAGGUCCGGAGUUUGCCAAAUACUAUAAAGAUGCCACCUCGUUCUCCUGCAUCUCGGCUCCUACUGUCAAACUAGAUAUCUCCCGCCUCAACGACGACUAUUGCGAUUGCCCCGACGGCAGCGACGAGCCCGGCACCAGCGCAUGUUCCUCCAUUUCGCCCUUGUCUCCCGCCCAGCCCUCUCGCUAUGAGACUGGCGAUGUUGCAGCUGCGCUGCCCGGUUUCUAUUGCAAGAACAAAGGCCACAUACCAAGCUAUGUACCUUUCACCGCUGUUAACGACGGCGUGUGCGAUUACGAGCUCUGCUGCGACGGCAGCGACGAGUUUGAACACGUUGGUGGCGUCAAGUGUGAAGAUCGGUGCGCGAAGAUUGGAAAGGAGUGGCGCAAGCAGGACGAAGCCCGACAGCAGAGCUUGGGAAAUGCGAAUCGGCGGAGAAAGGAGCUAGUAACUGAGGCGGAAAGGCUACGGAAAGAGGUCGAGGACCGGAUCGGUACCCUCAAGACCCAGAUUGAGAGCCAGGAAAUCAAAGUGCAGGCACUUGAGAAGACACUGGCUGAAGUAGAAAAAUCAGAGAAGGGCAAGAUCGUUAGAGGAGCAGGCAAGGGCGGAAAGUUGGGAGUGCUCAGUGGGCUGGCAAAACAGAGAAUCGAGGAGCUGAGCGAGAAUGCAAAGAGAGUGCGGGGCGAGAGGGACGUCGCAAAGGAGCGUAUCGAGGAAUUGGAGGGCAUUCUCAGGCGCUUCAAGGAGGAAUACAACCCCAACUUCAACGAUGAGGGUGUGAAGCGUGCCGUCAAGGCCUGGGAAGACUACGCAGCACAAGAGCGUGCAGGGCCAGACGAGGCAAGCGAUCGCGAUCUCGACGAAAUCCUCAACCCGGAGUCAGAGAGCGCCAUCAAAUGGACCGAGUUCGAAGAUGAAGACGAAUCCGACGUCGAAGCUCUCUACAAAUUCGAAGAAUAUCUUCCCGAGCCCAUCCGCAACUGGGUCGACACCAAACUCCGCGCGCUCCGCAUAACCCUUAUCGAGAACGGCAUCCUCGCCGACCCAAACCCCUCGGAUGCCUCCGAAUCCAAAGCCGUAGCCGACGCGCGCCAACAGCUCAACUCAGCCCGAACUUCGCUCGACAACGACCGCACAGAGCUCCGCAACCACGAAGAAGACGCCGUCAAAGAAUACGGCCCGGACAACAUCUUCCGCGCCCUCAAAGGCCGCUGCGUCGAGCAAGACAGCGGCGAAUACACAUACGAACACUGCUUCCUCGUCUCCACCACCCAGAAACCCAAAAAGGGCGGCGGAAACACGGGAAUGGGACACUUCUCCAGCAUCGAAACCAUCACCGUCGACGAAGACCUCCCCGCCGAUGGCAAGGGCCUUGGCUCCGGCGAACGAUAUGCUUUGAAGUACGACAACGGCCAGCAUUGCUGGAACGGGCCGAACCGCAGCACCUUGGUUGUCCUGGCUUGCGCCGAAAAGGACGAGAUUUGGAAGAUUGUCGAGGAGGAGAAGUGUGUUUAUCGCAUGGAGAUGGGCACGCCGGCUGUUUGUGGGGUUAGGGAGGGCAAGCAUGUUCCUCCUCCUUCGUCUGGCCAUAACGAGCUUUAA